AUGACCAAAUCAACCUUUUCUCCUAUUGGUAAAAAUCCAUUUGUAACUCGCGAAGAUGUCCAAGAGGCAUUUGUAAAUGUGUUUGAACCCCUGCUACCUGCUUUUUCCGAGGGCGGAGCCAGAGUUCGUGUCGAAGAAAGCGGAGCAUUCUGCGACUUUGAUUCUUCUGAUCUAGAAGGUUUUUCAAGACCAUUAUGGGGGUUAGUUCCCUUUGUUGCUGGUGGCGGCAAGUUUGAUCACUGGGACUUGAUCCACAAAGGUAUUACGAAUGGAACUGAUCCUGAGCACCCCGAGUACUGGGGCGAAACAGUUGACCUAGAGCAAAGACUAGUCGAGUUUGCCUCAAUUGGAUUUGCCUUGGCUUACAUCCCUGAGCAGUUCUAUGAACCUCUGUCAGAGAAGGCCAAGGAAAAUUUUAAGAAGUAUCUCGUUUCAGCUUCAUACAAGAGAUAUCCUACUACCAACUGGAAAUGGUUUCAUGUCCUACUUACAUUGGGUCUUAAGAAAAUUGGUGCAGAUUAUGAUCAAUCAAUUACUGAGCGCAAUUUGGAAGAUAUGGAAGAAUACUAUCUCAAGGAUGGCUGGUAUGGUGAUGGCCCAGACAAGCAAGCAAUUGAUUACUACAAUCCAUGGGCUUUCCACUUUUACGGACUCAUGUACUCAAAACUCUACCCAGAGGACACUAAAAGAAAUGCGAUUUACCAUGAGAGAGUGAAGAAGUUUGUCAACGAAUUUAUCCACUGGUUUUCGGACGACGGUGCUGCUCUUCCCUUCGGUAGAAGUUUGGUUUAUAAGUGGUGUUGCGGUUCUUUUUGGGGUGCUUUAGCAUUUGCUGACCAAGAACUCCUUCCAUGGGGAGUCUUGAAGGGUCUUUACUUGCGACACCUUAGAUGGUGGUCCAAACAGCCAAUUUCAAGAGCUUCCUCUGGACUGAUGAGUUUAGGAUUUUCAUACCCUAACGCUAUUGUGUGUGAAAGAUAUAACUCACCUCAAUCACCGUACUGGGGAGGUAAAAUCUUCUUUCCUUUAGCACUUCCAGCAGAUCAUCCAUUCUGGACUGCCGAAGAAUUACCUAUUCCCCGACCUCAACACAAGGCUUUGCCAGUACCCGGCAUGGUUUUCUCCCAUUAUCCCAAGAAUACUGUGGCCUUAGUAUCCGGACCUUACCAAAAUGGUUCCUAUGUCCGUUUUCAAGGUGAAAAGUACUGUAAAUUCGCGUACAGUACCCGAUAUGCUUUUAGCGUCGAGGUCAAUGAUCGUAACUUUGUCGAUGCUACUCUUGAUAACAUGAUUGCCUUCUCAGAGGAUGGUGACGGAUACAGAUUCAGGACUAAAACUCCAGUAGCCCGUAUUGCCGGCGACAUUUUAUACUCGAAGUGGAAUCCCUGGAAGAAUGUCAAUGUUGAAACUUGGCAAAUUCCUGCUGGUAAAUGGCAUGUUAGAGUCCACCGUAUAUUGAGUGACCGUGACUUAAUCACUGUUGAAGGAGGAUUUGCUAUUAGUGCAGUCGAGGCUGCUAAAGAUCUCACCCGUGUUACUGAUAAGAACACCGCAUAUGUUGUGAAUAAAGAAGACUUCAGUGGCAUUGUUGACCUUACGGGUCAACGUGAGGGUAUCACUACUACACCUGAGCCAAGUACAAACCUUUACUUCCCUAAAACAUUGGUGCCUCAACUGAAGGGAACUAUAAAAGCCAACACUGUUACAAUUUUGGCCUGUGCAGUAAUUGCUCAGCCUGAUGUUACUUUAGUAGACACCGAAUGGAAGUCUGUACCCAAGGCUCCAGCCGAAGAGGAGCUUGAGCAUAUCAUCAAGACCUCUCUUCCCGUUCUUACCAAAGAAUAA